AUGGAAGUGUACCAGUGGACGGCAAAGCAAGAGCCGGUCACGAUAUCAUACACCACCCCGCACGUAGACAUUGGCUGGAUGAGACUUAUGCAAGUCAAUCACGCAUGGCGCCAGGCUGGUCUCGAGGCCCGCAGUCUGUGGGCAGACAACGUGUGCGCAUUCGCGAGCGUGGAAGCCGUAGAGGAGUUUGCGCAACGAGCGCGCAGAGCACCUCUAACGAUAGAUAUCGAUCACCUCCUUAAGGCGUGCUACGUCAAAAACGAUACCCGCUCCCUGGCGCUGAUAAUGGAAAACCAUGGCGCGUUUCUUAAAAGCGCAAAGACGAUCGUCAGCUCAUUACUUAGGGACGACCCCCACAUAGCACCCUUCAACGUUCUACAUCACGUCAGCCCAGCCAGGUGGUCUUCAGCGUUCCACUUUGGAGUGUACCAGCACCUUAAGAAGCUCACGUACCACGUGUCGACGAACGAGGACGUCCCCAGCAUCCUGGACUCCAAACUCACGUAUCUCGAGGUUCUCACCGUCAGGAAUCAUGAAGUACACGUGGAAGCAGACAACGGAUUUGAGACGCAAUACAAAUCGACCUCGACGUGGAGACAGGGUCCCGUCUUCGAUGCGCAGAGACUACUCGACUGUCUUGGCAUGCACACACGCCUGGAAGUCCUCGUCAUCGACGCUCUCAGGCUCACUGGGUUGGAGAACAUAGAGAGUAAUGGCAUCACUCUAAACUGCCUGCGCCUCGCUGAGCUCAGAGGGCCAAACCUGACGGACAUCUCUCGCUUUGCAUCGCAUCUAUCUUCAGACCCUCGAUGCCGGUAUCGCAUUGCAUCCAAUGUAGAUGGAGUCGUUGUUCCAGCCCAGGCUCUGACCUUGGCCGGCAUAAACAACACCGAACACGUCUUGGCCGUCUUCGAGGUAUCGCGCCUCGUGCAGUGGACUACUUUAUGUCCUGCAAACAGCGACAACGUGCCCCGUCCGCGUUUCUGCGAUGGUUUCCAGGACUUGUCAAAUACUGGCGACGGAGGGCACAUCUCUUUCACACCCUCUGCAUGCGUGGAUGCAGAAAUCAACGGCAGCGCCAAUUUCCUACUCAGACAUCACGCGGUGUCGCGAAAGGCAGCCGGAAACGAGCGGUCGCAAGUGGACGCUUACCUUGGCGUCAACACUCACGCCAUCACCCAUCUCGUCGUGCGAGAGUUAACGCGCCAGUACAACGGGGUCAGCGUCUGGCAAAUGCAAACAGUUCACAUCGACUUCGUGAAAGGGCUGAACGACCUGACGGCCGUUGAAAUCGAAGACGAGAGACUUGCCGUCGUGCUAACCUCGUACAUCAACAGUCCGCAUCUUAAAGACAUCACCAUAGUCUUCAGACAAGAGUGGCUGGGAAAGACCGACCAUACCCUUCUCCGACGAGGCAUCGGCAAGGCGGCAGGGCAGAGCAGGGAACGCUUGAAGAUCACUCUCAAAGGCGUGAGGAGAGAACAUGACGAGAAAGCCGUGAGGAUGUUGAGUGAAGAGGAUAACUGGGACGUUCUGGACGAAAGAGACGCUCGCUCAUGUAAGGCAGGGCAAAGAAACCUGCGCGGGUUUGAGUUAGAUCUACAGGUAAACCAAGACAAACUGGCAUCGGCAAAGGUGAAUAUUGCAAUCCAACUAUUACACAGGACAUCAGGACUAACAACGCGCAGCAGCACUUGA